CGUAUUGAAUCUAUACAUUCUAUAUCUGUGAUAAUCUCCACGACGUCGUUCUGCUUUAUUUACUGGCCAUAUCUUACGGCCUCGUCAAGAUCGACAUAUCCGUUUAACGUUACAAAAAAUGCAGAAAAAGAAAAGGCAAUGUGUUGGAUCAAAAAAAAAGAAAAGAAAAAAGGCAAUGUGACCGUUACAUGUAAUCCCAAAUUCAAAAACUAUAGGGAACCGAAACCCUCAGUAACCCCAACAGAAUCGAAAAUUCAGAGAUGAGAGAAGAAACCGAACAGCAAGAUCAGCUAGCAAUGGCGGCGGCAGAAGAGCAAUUGCAGCAGCUCCGAUCCAAAGCCACGGAGCUCCUCCUCCGUGAAGAAUGGCAGGAGUCCGUACAAGCAUACUCUCACUUCAUCACCCUCUGUCGAUCUCACAUCUCAAACACCCUUCAAAACCCCGACCCAGAUCAUCUCCCCAAGCUCCGAAAAUCUCUCUGCCUAGCCCUCUCGAACCGUGCAGAAGCGCGAUCCAGACUCCGAGAUUUUGCAGAAGCUUUGAGGGAUUGCGAUCGGGCAUUGGAAAUCGAGAGGGCCCAUUUCAAGACUCUUGUCUGCAAAGGGAAAAUCUUGCUGAAUCUGAACAGGUAUUCGAUGGCGCUGGACUGCUUUCGAACAGCUCAGCUUGACCCGCAGGCUAAUGGGAGCUCGGUGGACCUCGAUGGGUACUUGCAGAAGUCCAAGAAGCUCGAGCUGAUGUCGAGAACUGGAGCUUUUGAUCUCUCUGAAUGGGUUGUUAACGGGUUUCGCGGGAAGCCUCUGGAACCGGCUGAGUACAUUGGUGCAGUGCAGAUCAAGAAAUCAGAGAUUAGAGGGCGUGGACUGUUUGCGACGAAGAACAUUGAUGUCGGAACUUUGAUGUUGGUUACGAAAGCUGUUGCCAUAGAGAGGGGGAUUUUGCCCGGUCAAGAAUUGGAUGAGAAUGCCCAAUUGCUCAUGUGGAAGAACUUCACCGAAAAAGUUAUGGAUUCCAUGGCUAAAAGUUCGAGAAUCCGCGAUUUGAUUAGUACAUUGUCGAGUGGAGAAGAUGAGGAUGAGCUUGAGGUCCCUGAGAUCGAUCUCUUUAAGCCCGAGGCGGAGCACAAUGGCGGCUGCCAUAAUGAGAAUGAGCUUGAUGCGAGCAGGAUUUUGAGCAUCUUGGAUGUCAAUUCACUUGUUGAGGGUGGAAUUUCUUCCAAGAUUUUGGGGAAGAACAGCGAUUACUACGGUGUUGGGCUGUGGGUGCUGGCUUCAUUCAUCAACCAUUCAUGUGUUCCGAAUGCAAGACGUAUGCAUAUAGGAGAUUAUGUAAUGGUCCAUGCUUCUAGAGAUGUCAAGGCCGGAGAGGAGAUAACAUUCGCAUAUUUUGAUGUGCUUUCGCCGUUGGAAAAGCGCAACGAAAGUUGCAAGACAUGGGGUUUUAGAUGUAACUGCAAGAGGUGCAAGUUCGAGAAGAAACUGUAUUCUAGAGAAGACGUGAGAGAGAUUGAGAUGGGUCUCGAAAGAAGAAUGGAGGCCGGCGCUGCGGUUUAUAAGCUGGAGGAAGGCAUGAGGAGGUGGAUCGUGAAGGAAAGGGAGAAAGGGUACUUGAGAGCAUCGUUUUGGGAUGCAUGCUCUCAGGUUUAUGGCACAGAGAAAUCAGCAAAAGGGUGGGGAAGACGCAUACCACCGAUGGAAACGGAGGUUGAUAGCGUCGUGCAAGCGGUGGGAAGCGACGAGAGGGUGUUGAGGAUGGUGGCAGAGAAGUUGAAGAGAGGUGGUGGAGGAAUGUUGGAGAUGGAGAGAGCUUUGAAGUUGGGAAGAGGGGUGUACGGGAAAGUAGUGAAAAAGCAAGCAAUUAAGAGCCUUGUUGGUUUAGGCAUUCCUUAACCAAUGCUAUAAGG